AUGUCCUUCCGUCCGGGAAUCCUUCCGUCCCUCCUCCGCGCUGCACACCCAGUGCGCGGCGCACCCACACGCUCCUUCCACUUCCUCUCCCGGGGCACUCAGCACGCGCCCACCACACCCCGUGGCCGCGUCCAGAAUGCCUACCUCUACUCCAUCGGUCUCGGCCUUGCUGCUAUCACCGUCUUCCCUCGUGCUGCUCACUGUGCCAGUGCCGAACCCCUCCCUACCCCAGUGACCCAGGGCAGGCCUCAGCCAUCCGUCGCUGUCGUCAACACGGUGCCGGAUGACCCGGAGGUUAGGAGCAUUCUCUCUCUCGGACAGCUCUCGUUUGGUGCUGUUUGCGGUAUCUGUGCAGGUGUCUUCGUGAAGAAGGGCUUCAAGAUCGUCGCUUUUGCCCUUGGUGGUGUCUAUGUGCUUCUCCAGUAUCUUUCGUCCAAGAAGUUUGUCCAGGUCGACUGGAAGGCGGUGGGCACUGCCUAUGACGGCCAGUUCGCGACCGUGGACCAGGCCACCGGCAAGGUUGUUUACCCCACGGCCACGGGCGUGUGGAACGGCUUUAUCGACUUCCUCACCGCCAACUUCCAGCAGCGGGCUACCUUCCUUGCGGGAUUCGUUCUUGGUGUCCGUCUGGGUUAG